AUGAGUGCCCGGGCCACACGGCCCCGAAGUCGCCGAGGGAGGCAUCCUCCACCCGGGGAGCUGGACCCAGUGGCUGAGAGUUCAAAGGAGGCAGAGACCACCAGUGGGAGAUUCAAGGCCAAACUCGAGCUCCUUCCGGAACUCCUUAGUCCUGACCUGCAGAGACCCGGGAGCCGGCCUGAGGAUGAUUAUUGUGUGGGAUCCCAUGGGGCCCUAGCCUUGAAGCCAGAAGAAGGAUGCAAGGCUGAGGUGGAAAGCCCCCUGAGCCCGCAGGCAGCCACCCCGGAUACUGGCCCUGCUGAGAUGUCAGUAGCCAGCUUGUUCCAGACCCUGCAGAGCAGGUUGAGCUCCCUUGAGGCCACCAUAGCCACCUGGCACCACUACUCCCUAAGCUUUGCAAGGCCAGCGGAAGGAGAAGACAGUGGCCAGGGGACACCUGGGUCCUUUGGUGGUCAGGAAGAAGCCGGGUCUGGGCAGCAGGAGGCAGGUAGCCUCAUAGAGAGGAACGCCUGGCUGCGGCUGGCCCUGGGCAGCCGGAAGGAGGAGUUGGUUUGCGCUCAAGCUUCCCUGAAGGAUGCCCGGGCAAAGAAGGAGACCCUGCAGAGACAGGUGCAGGAACUGGAGAAUUCCCUGAUGCAGCUGGAGGCUUCCCUGCCCACCCCCCUCCUCAGAGCAGGGUGUACAAACAGCAGCAACUCCAGCAGUUCUGGGGCAGAAGGGCAGCCCUGGGCACCUCAGGACUCCCCCUUGGCUCACCCUCUUCUCCAAUGCCUCCGGAGUGACUCCAGCACCCACAUCUUUGGGUGCCUUUCCACACAGCCUUCAGCCCCUGAGAUGCACCUCAUGGAGGACCAGAUAGGGCAGCUCCAAGUAAGCAUUGAGAAGUUGAAGUGCUUCAACCGCCUCCUGCUGGCUGUGCUCCAGGGUCACAAGGGCCGCUGUGAGAGCCUUAGUAUGCAGCUGGGCCAGCGGGAGGCUGAGACCACAGCCCUGUGCCUGGCCCUGCAAUACAGCGAGGAUUGUGAGGAGGCAUAUGGAGUGCUGCUCACUCUGAGGACUGCUGGAGCUGGAGCCACCAAGAGUGACCUGCAGGCUGCAGAGACAGAGGCAUCUAGGCUGCUGGUGGAGAAGGAAGCUGCUAUGGAUGGAGAGAUAACUUGGCCCAGCCCUGAGGGCAUCAGUGUGGACAAGCCUACACCACAGGAACUGGCUGCUCAGCUCCAUGGCUAUAUCCGGCAUCUCCGGGAACACUGGGCUCUGGUGAAGAUCCCCCCGGCACUCAGCCCUGACACCACACCCUGGCUCACUAUGCCCCACACAGAAGCAACAGUGCAGGCCAUUCUGGAAAUACAACCUGGCCCAGCCCUACCUCGGCUAGAGAAGUCUCAGAUCCAGCAGGACAUGGUGUCUGCUCGGGUAGGAAUGUGUUGA